GCGAGCGAGCUGCCGACCGGGAGAUCCCGGUGGCCAGAGGCGCCCCGAACCUAAAACGAUAUCCGUAACCAUGCAGGAGCGCCAUCAAGGCCGGAGACGUUUGACUUUUCAACCGGGUACCCGACCGCGCAACUCCGUCGAUCGAGCGCAUCUGCACGCCCCAGAAAUCAAGUGACGAAGGUCGGGGGUUCGCUGAGCCGUAACCACGAGUCGCCCAGUGGGCGUCACGACCGGACGUGAUCCAGUUUCUCCGUUGGUGCGUGAGCUGGACAGCGAGCGUGCGAUAAUCUGAGCUGUUGGAACUAGGAUCCGAAGGACGACGGUGCCCCCGGCCCGCGGCCCGACCGUGCAGUACAGCAGCCGUCGGUGCUCGACGUCGCGGGGGCGGGCCCGGACCGCGCGGGCAAUUGUGUGUGCGCACAAUCUCGAACGCGAACCCCAUCCGCUUUUUGGGAGCGAGGGAGCGAAGCAGCCCGACUAGUCUGUCUCUGUUCGCGCGGAGUGCAUCACCUGAGCGAAGUCAUUUUUCCUGGCCUCGAUUUUAAAUGAUUCUUUCCCGCCUUGAGCAAAUUUUGUACCUCGAGUCGUCGGGAUUGCGUGGGGGCCUGGUUUGAUCAGGUGGAUGAUUUUUUCUCGGGAAAUUGGGGCCGAAAGUGGCUGUUUCGGUUCUCGCAGCGCGCGCGGGGUUGCGCCGGUGUUCGUUGCAGGUCUCGUCGGAGCGGAUGCUUCGUCUGGGAGUGUCUCGUUACAAUUUUGAAGCGUCUUCGGCUCGGUCCGUGAACUCUCUCAGAUUAGUCCAGGUCCUGGGGACGCGCCGCGCUUUUGGCCUCGAUAAAGUGCCUGGCGUGUGUUUGAAUCUUGGUUCAGACAGGAAAUUGCUCAGGUAUCAUGGGAAAACUAGUUUCUAUCGUCGAGUGAGAGGGCAUCCAAAUUGCAGCUUGAGUCUCCUCAUUUGAUCUAAAUUUGAAUGGAGAGCGCCAGCCGGGGCAAAGAAGAUGUGUCGCUACCAAAAGCAACCAUGACCAAGAUAAUCAAAGAAAUGUUGCCACCAGAUGUCCGGGUGGCAAAGGACGCUCAGGACUUACUUGUCGAGUGUUGCGUUGAAUUUAUAAAUCUGAUCUCAUCCGAAUCGAAUGAAAUAUGCAGCAAGGAGGAGAAGCGAACAAUAGCUCCUGAACACGUCCUUAGGGCGCUUGAAAUUUUGGGCUUCGGUGAGUAUAUCGGAGAGGUACAAGCAGCAUAUGAACAACAUAGGUUUGAAACCUUGGAUUCUCCCAAAGCAGGUGGGAGGUGGGGAAGUAAAGAAGCAGUUCCUGGGGGAAUGACGGAGGAAGAAGCUAUUGCUGCCCAGCAGCGCAUGUUUGCAGAAGCGCGUGCUCGAAUGAAUUCGAGCGGUGGUGUAUCUGCAUCCUCCGUACAACAAUCAGGAUCAGAUCUUGAUUAGGAGGAAAUAGUUAGUUAUAGUAUUCAUUUACGCUUUUGGACGGCCAUAAAGUCGCCAGCCAGAAUGAUGUCCAUGUGCUUGUACAGAAACCAAGCACCAAUAGCACUUUGGGUCACGAAAGGUACUCAUCCCCUGCCAAUUUUAGUUACUGUUUCUGGCAACGGGAGAGUUCCAAGUAAUGGUCAUCUGAAGCAAGGAGCCUCGUUGUAUUUUGUUCUCUUUGAAGGAAAAGUCCUUCAUUGCAGACCAGCCUCUCUUAGGAAAUUGGAAGAAUCUCUUCGAAACAUGUCGUUGUUUAAUACGAAAAGCUUUAUGGAUGCCUCUGUUAGUAUCCCGAUUGGACUUGGUUCCAUUGAGCUAACUGAGCUCAUUCCUAGGAACCAAUCUACCUUGACAUUG